CCAAGCUGAGAGCAGCAUCAUCAUGUUGUGGGGAAAGACCGACGUCGGAAAAUGAAGCAUAGCUCCGCUCGGCCCCGUGUAUCUUUACGCCUGUGCAUCAGUCUAACAUGUUGCCUCUGAAAUGACUGCGUUACGUUUUAUUUAUUAUUAUUGGCCCUGCGAUCAGUGCGCGUGCCCGACUGAGCCGGCCUGCCUGGGGAUGAGUGAGUGCGGCGUGAGGGGCGUCAGCUUGUGGCUCUGCUCCUGAGCACCCCGACCGACGCGGCACUAGAUCGAGGGUGUUCAUGGGGAACGAUGACUACCCAGGACCUGUCGCCCACAUCCAUCCUGGAAGGUACCAAACCUGGAUUUCCCAAGGACAUUCUGGCCAACAAAAUUGAGGAGAAACACUUGUGCAACUGCUGCCAGAACAUUUUGCGGCGACCCUUUCAAGCCCAGUGUGGUCACCGGUUCUGUUCGUACUGUUUCAACAGGACCGUGAGUUCCGGGCCACAAAAAUGCAGUGCCUGCAUCAAAGAAGACAUAUUUGAGGAGCCAACAUCUAUUCUACAGCAGGGCUGUGCCUUCCCGGACAAUGCUGCUCGGAGGGAGGUUGAGGGCCUGGCUGCCGUUUGCCGAAACGAAGGCUGUACGUGGAAGGGCAGUAUUAAAGAAUACGAGUCGGCCCACGAGACCAAGUGCGAGUUCGCGAUCAUCCAGUGCCCUUCCUGCAAGGAGCACAUACGGCUUAAUGAGCAGGAGAGGCACAAUGAGCGCGAAUGUCCGGAGAGGACGCUCAACUGCAAGUACUGCAAGGAGCCAUUCCACUUUAAAAACAUUAAGGCUCAUGAUGAGAUCUGUCCAAAGUACCCAAUGAUCUGCGAGGGUUGCGCAAAAAAGAAAAUUCCCAGAGAGAAGUACAUGGAUCAUAUUAAAUUCUGCAGUAAAUUCAGGACUCCAUGCAGGUUCCAUGUUGUCGGGUGUGAUAUGUCUGUGGAGAAGGAGAAGAUCCAUGAGCAUGAGCGCGCCUGCUCCUACGAGCACCUCAACCUCUUGCUGCACUACAUCAUGGGCCUCAAGGUGAACCUGGAGGGCAUGCAGCCCCAAAGCCUGGAGCUGGCCAGCCGUAAGAUCCACGAGCUGCACCAGUCUCUGCGUGACCUCGAGGUCAAGGUGGGCCAGCUAGGCCCGAUGGGGGCCCCUGCUCCAGGUCCCUGCGCAGCCCCCCCACCGCCGCCACCUCCGCCCACACUGCCCACGUCCUUCACACCACUGCCCAGCGCCGCCGGCGCUGCCCUAGAGCUGCAGCUGCAGAGUGAGAAGGCUAAGGUGGCUGAGCUGGGCCGCCGGUGCCAGGAGCUGGAACUGAAGGCAUCCACUUUUGAGAACGUGGUGUGUGUGUUGAACCGUGAGGUGGAGCGUGCCGCCACCACCUUGGAGGCCAAUGUCCGCCAGCACCGGCUGGACCAGGACAAGGUGGAGACGCUCAGCAACAAGGUGCGCCAGCUGGAGCGGACAGUGGGCCUGAAGGACCUGACCAUUGCAGAGAUGGAGGGGAGGCUGCGCGAGAUAUCGGCCACCACCUUUGACGGCGUCUUCAUCUGGAGGAUCUCCGACUUCACAAAGAAGAGGCAGGAUGCCAUUGCUGGCAGGGCUCCUGCCAUGUUCUCCCCAGCUUUCUACACCAGCAAGUACGGCUACAAGAUGUGUCUGAGGAUCUACCUGAAUGGCGACGGGACAGGACGUGGAACUCACCUCUCUCUCUUCUUUGUGGUGAUGAGGGGUCCGAGCGACGGCCUGCUGAAGUGGCCCUUCAACCAGAAGGUGACACUAAUGUUGCUGGACCAGAGUAACCGUGAGCAUAUCAUCGAUGCCUUCCGGCCCGACGUGAGCUCCAGCUCCUUCCAGCGGCCUGUCAGUGAGAUGAACAUCGCCAGCGGCUGUCCGCUCUUCUGCCCCCUGGCCAAGCUGGAGGCCAAGAACAACUACAUUCGAGACGACACCAUCUUCAUCAAGGCCAUCGUGGACCUGACGGGCCUGUAGUGCCUCCUCCCCGACUCUGCUCUGCCCCACAUUGUCAAUGCUGCUCCUCGUUUCUCCUUCGCUCCGCAGACGCUGAGCCUGGUGCUGGACCCUGCGAGGAUGUGUGUGUGUGUUGUCCCCAUUGCUGUGCAGUGUUGUGUAAUUCUGCUAAGAGGCUGCGUUUGGGCUCAGCUGGCCAGACUGGAACUCAUUUGGGUGCUAUUGUUGUCCUUUGGUAGAGCCAGUAGGUGGCAUUUUAUAGCCACUAUGAAUAAUGAGUCUGGGCAAAAUUACUAAGCAUAUACAAACAGUCCUUGACUUAUGACGUAUGUGUCAUAUGACAAUCCAGAUUUAAUGACAGUGGUUCCGUCAACCUUGUUAUAUUAUUUUUAUGUCCUGAUGUUUGGUCAUAAUUUCUAGUGACGACCACUUUGUCUGCUGUACAAUAUCAUCAGCUGUGCAUGCUCGGUGUGUCUAUCAGCCACUGUGUUUUGCAUGGGAUUUACGACUUACGGUGAACUCAACUUACGCUGAGUUUGUCAGAAGAGAACCGUCAUAAGUCGAGGACCACCUGUGAUGCAAACAUUGCCAAGAGGAGGAUGUAGCUGAGCUUUUCCAGAGAAAUAUGUAUUAUUUCAUUGAAAUUUGGUAAUAGAAACGCCUGUCGUCCACAUGCUUUGUACGCCAGCUCCCCUUGUUACAAAUGACAGUUACGAAUUUUUGACGUUAUGAAAAUUUUCUAGUUUCCUUGUUUAGAUUUAAUUGCAUUUUUUUAACUUGCCUUUUUUCUAAAGUUUGUAUUUGCAGCAGAUUGAAUAUGACCCGUGUUUCCAUGCUGAGCCAAUAGGUGGCAGUAAUGCACCCCAACACAGUCGGAAUGUUGGAUUGCUUUAAUUCGACUUACUUUCACUUUCCAGCUUGUGUCUGGUGUUCCUGAGUGCUGGUGAUCAAUAACAAGGUGAUGAACAUUGUACGUGUUUAUGGAAUGAAUCAGUGAACAAUCAGC